UACAACGAAUGAUGACGUUGGUCUCUUUCCCUCGACUUACAUUUUCCCUCUGAAGACAAAGUAAUUUUGAGUUACAGAGUAGACACGAUUAAUCUUAUUUAACAAGAUGUAGUGAAACAUACAUGAGUACAUUCAAUACUGUAUAUAGUAAAAGAUAUUGAUUUAGGAGAGAUUAGGAGUAAUGGACUUGCCUCAGAAGCAGGUAGAGGAUGAUGCUAAGGGAGGUAACUGUGAACAGGUACAGGAAGUAGAGUUAGAGGCAAGUGCAAAGAAGAUACAGGAGAGCUUAGGAUUAAUGGACUUGCCUCAAAAGGAAGUGGAGGAUGGUGCUAAGGGAGGCAAUUCUGAACAGGUACAGGAAGUAAAGUUAGAGGCAAGUGCAAAGAAGAUACAGGAGAGCUUAGGAUUAAUUGACUUGCCUCAAAAGGAAGUGGAGGAUGGUGCUAAGGGAGGCAAUUCUGAACAGGUACAGGAAGUAAAAUUAAAGGCAAGUGCUAAGAAGAUACAGGAGAGCUUAGGACUAAUGGACUUGCCUCAAGAGCAAGUGGAGCAUGGUGCUAAGGGAGGUAAUUCCGAAAAUGCUGAAGUAGAUGCAACUGAAGAAAAAAUUGAUGUUGAUCAGAGUGAAGAGGGGACAAAGACUGAAGGACAUAAGAAUCAAAAAGAAAAAGAGAAGCGCAAGAGUCGUGCUAGAUCUUUCAUCCUGAAGAUAAACAUUAUGAACAAGAUGUACGAGGGAGGAGACAAUUUAAUCACAACCAAUAGUGCUGUAAAGACUGGUAGAAAACUUCAUAAAUGUGAUAUUUGUGCUAAAGAAUUUAGUCAAAGUAGUAGCUUAAACCGACAUGUGAGAGAACAUACUGGCGAGAAACCUCACAAAUGUGAAGUGUGUGGUAGUGAAUUUGUUCGCAAGAGUAGCUUAAAGACACACAUGACAACACAUACUGGAGAUAAACCUCAUGCAUGUGACAUAUGUGGUAAACCUUUCAGUCAUCUAAGUAAUUUACAAAGGCACGUCAAAACACAUUCAGGUGAUAAAUCUCAUGGUUGCGGCGUAUGCGGUAAGAGUUUUAGUCAGCAUGCUAAUUUACAGAGACACAUGUUAACUCACGCCAAUACUGAAACUCAUGACUGUGACGUUUGCAAUAAACGGUUUAAGCGGCAUACCAGUUUAGAGAGACAUAUGAGAAUACAUACAGGUGAUAGAAAUCUUCACUGUGAUGUAUGUGGUAAAGGGUUCAGUAGACUUGAAUAUUUACAGAUGCACAUGAGUGGACAUACAAGUUCUGAAUCACAUGAUUGUCAUGUGUGUGGGAAAGUGUUCCGUCAUCUCAGUAGUUUAACAAGACAUGUGAGAACACACACACUAAUUAUUAACCCUAUGAAUGAGUCAGAGAUGUAUAUGGUUUAAUCUGUUUAGUCAAUUCAAUUCUUUAUUUACACUCAGACACAAAAUAUGUGUUACAUGAGGACAAAUUACAAAUCAAAUACAAUAAAUGACAGAAUAGACAGGUAACUAUCAACAAAAGAGUAAUUUCUAAAGAUAAUAGUGACGUAAACGUUCGUACAAGAACACUUCACUGAGAUGUAUAUGGCUUAAUCUGUUAAGUGACAUAAACGUUCGUACAAGAACACUUCACUGAUGAUAAUCAGUGCUUGAAAGUGAUGUAAAGGAUAACGUUUCAGUGACUUAAAGAUUCACAUGAGAAUACACACUGUUCAUAAACCUUUUGAACGUGAUAUAUGUAGUAGUUAAAGUUUUAAUUGGAACAUAUGUGCUAAACUUUUUAAGUAUGAGAUAUGUAAUUAAAGUUUCAAUUCUGAG